GAGCAAAACUCUUUUUCCUCUCCUCUCUCUCUCUCUCUUUCUCUACCUCUCUACACAAAAGAAUUUUUUUUUUUUUUUCCUGUACAAACAUCCCAUCAAGAGAACCAGUUUUUCUAACCCCUAUAAUAAUCAUCAUCGUCUAAAAAUCAAACCAAAAGUAAUCAUCUGAAAAAUCCCCUGAUCAGAUUGAAAACCCAGUUCAAGAAUCUCCCUUUUUUUAUCAGAAUCACGACUGUUUUUGGCGAAUUUCUCAUAGCAGAUGUCGCAUGGGUUUUGAGGAAUCUUGGCCCAGUUUUGCAUGCUUGAUAACAUAUUUCUGAUCAACGACUAAUUUAAAGUAAAUCAAAUCUUCACUUCUGCAAAGUCAGGGCACUGCAGAGUUGAAGCGGUGCCCAUGGAUGCCACAACUAGUGGAGCGUCGAGUGUUCAAUACCACAACAUUGCCGAGCAGACAAUUGCUUCACUUGUCCCCCCUCCUGUAACACAUCAGAGGCAACAGCGUCAUUGCUUUGGAAAUGCAACUCCAGGGGAGUUCCCAUUGUCUGCCAACCCAUCCAUUGUUCUCCAUUUCCUUACUGGUUGCAAUCUGGACCCUCAAGAUCUUGCAAAACUUGAGGCAACUUGUUCCUUCUUUAGGCAGCCUGCGCACUUCGCCCCCGACUAUGAGCUCUCUCUGGCAGAGCUUGCUGCUCUUGAUAUGUGCCAGAAGAGAGCCAUAUUUAAACCAAUGACAAUAGAACAACGAGAAGAUUUGAAGCAAAGGUGUGGGGGAUCUUGGAAACUAGUUUUGAGGUUCUUGUUGGCUGGAGAAGCAUGUUCUAGGAGGGAGAAGUCGCAGGCAAUAGCUGGUCCUGGUCACAGUAUUGCUGUGACUUCUAAAGGAGCUGUGUAUUCAUUUGGUUCUAACAGUUCUGGACAGCUCGGACAUGGAACUACAGAUGAGGAGUCUCGCCCUCGCGUAAUUAGAGCUUUGCAAGGAAUUCGUAUUAUUCAUGCAGCGGCUGGGGCUGGCCGCACAAUGCUAAUUAGUGAUGCCGGACUGGUUUAUGCAUUUGGAAAGGAUUCUUUUGGGGAAGCCGAAUAUGGGGCUCAAGGAAAUAAAUUAGUUACUACCCCUCAGAUAGUUGAAUCUUUGAAAGAUAUCUUUGUCGUGCAAGCUGCUAUUGGAAAUUUCUUUACAGCUGUAUUAUCAAGAGAAGGCAUGAUUUAUACAUUUUCCUGGGGAAAUGAAAGCAAACUUGGCCACCAAACAGAGCCAACUGAUCUCGAGCCCCGUCCAUUGUUGGGGGCUCUUGAAAAUAUACCAGUCAUUCAAAUUGCAGCUGGAUACUGCUAUCUUCUUGCUUUGGCCUGUCAACCUGGCGGCAUGUCGGUGUACUCUGUCGGUUGUGGACUGGGAGGAAAGCUUGGGCAUGGUACUAGGACUGACGAGAAGCAGCCAAGAUUAAUCGAACAGUUCCGCACUUUGAAUCUUCAGCCCGUAGUAGUUGCAGCUGGUGCUUGGCAUGCUGCAGUGGUUGGUAAAGACGGAAGAGUUUGCACAUGGGGAUGGGGACGGUACGGAUGUUUGGGUCAUGGGAAUGAAGAUUGUGAAUCAGUCCCUAAGGUGGUUGAAGCACUGAGCAACGUUAAAGCUGUUCAUGUUGCUACAGGAGACUACACGACCUUCGUCGUUUCAGAUGAUGGCGAUGUUUAUUCGUUCGGGUGUGGAGAAUCAUCUAGUCUUGGACAUAACACUGCCGCUGCUGAUGAGCAGGGAAAUAGGCACACUAACGUUCUAAGCCCAGAGCUUGUAACAUCACUAAAGCAAGUGAACGAAAGGGUUGUACAGAUAAGCCUGACAAACUCCAUAUACUGGAAUGCUCAUACUUUUGCACUCACCGAUUCUGAUAAACUAUAUGCAUUUGGCGCCGGUGACAAAGGGCAGCUCGGUGUUGAACUCGUCGCAAACCAAACCGAGAGGGCUAAUCCUGAACGGGUCGAUAUCGAUCUGAGUUAAAAUGAAGCUCAUGCCUUUGCUGCACAUGCAUGGUUAAUCUAUUAUUAACAGUAUUAUCAUACAUUGGCGUUCCAUGUUUAUAUUUCCAUGUUUAUUGCUCUGGUGUAAAUAGAAACAGUGGUUGUGAAUAAGGGUAGGAUGUAGGAGCUGCAGAAUUAACCUCUUAGAAAUUCGUUAGCUCUUUGCCUGAACCAGUAAAUAGCUGGAAAAAGACAUUGUCAAGCUUGGUUUCUAUUAACUUAUUUACAUUGGUGGAAGUGCUGUUAACCAUUUCAACUUUAAUGGUUUGAUCAUCAUUCUAGACCCCGUCUUAUUUGAA